UGCACGUUUUUUUUUUAUUUUUCGCUUAUUUUUCACUUGUUUUGUAGUCAUAUUGUUUACUCACCAUGGAUGAUGAGGAAGAAACCUUCGGGGCGGCGAUGAGGAUCGCGUCAGAAACCACGGAAGCAGAGAAGGAGUAUGAGAAAGUCUUGGAGCAGCUGCGGGAGGCGGAAGGUCUGAAGCUGUAUGCAGACGUGUACACCAAGCUUUACGACUCCUAUUUGAAGAUGAAGGAAGAGAAUACACAUCACAUUGGCGAGAUCACUUCCCUUAAAAAUAGGCUACAUCGCUUUGACGACACUGUGUCAGACUACCUCGCGGAAAUUGCUGAAGAUCAUAAAAUUAUAGAUAAACAGCGAGCGGACAUCAAGGAAGCCCGAGCCCUGGCAGAUGCCAUGCAUGCAAGAGAACUCGCCAGCGUGGAGAGCCUGGAGACCAUGAAGAAGACAGUGGCCAGGCUGGAGAAGGAACUGGACGCGAGAAAGAGAGCGGGGGACGAUGACGCCGGGGCGACAUCUGCCGUGAAAGAAAAGGAAAAGUUCGAGAAAGAAAAGGCGCGUCUCCAGGGAGAGCUGGACGCCAUCAAACUGAGGCUGACCAACUCUCUGGGCUACGUCGAGGAGUUGGAGCAAAAGAUGAACACGGCUGAGGAUAACAUAGCCAAGUUGGAGGAGCAGCUGGAGGAAGCCGAUAACAACGCGGUGCGUCAAAACCGCCUUGUGGAUCACUUGAAAGGCGAGAGCGCAACUCUGAAGUCCGAAGUUGAAAGCAGAGGAACGACCAUCAGCAACCUCACCGAUAAGUUGUCAAAAGCCGAGAAGACCCUGGAACGACGGGACCGCCAGCUCCGGGACAUGGGGAACAAGCUGGAGACGGCCAGGGGGGAACAGGAAGCGGCCAUGAUCAAGGCUGCCAACCUGAGAGAACAGCUGGACAACACCAACGCACAGUUUGAGAAGAAUAAGCAGGCGUUGCAGAAUGCUAAUAGGGAACUGAAGAACAUGACUGACGAAGGAACGAGACUACGCAACGAAGUGUCCAAAAUGAGGAAAGAGGCGGUGCAGCAGACCAAACGUUAUCAGCUCUUGGAGAAAGCCAAAGCUUCUGUGGAGUCUGAGAGAGAUCGUCUCCGUCAACAAGUGAGCGUGAUGGAGCGCGAGAUAAUGCUGAGCAAGAAGGCGGCGGAGGCCGACAGGAGGGACAUCGAGAACCUCAACAGGGAGAAGGACAUUCUUAACAAGAACAUGCAGAAGAUCCAGAAUGAAGCCCUGGAGAAUCUGCAAAUGCUGAAUCUCCAGGAGCAGCGUCGCAAGCAGCUGGAACACGAGCUGGAGAUGAACGCGGCGCAGAUCACCAAGCAGAGGCUGCUCAUACGACAGCUGGAGAAGGACAAGGACAGAAUGCUGGAGGAGACUAUUGCACUUAAUGAAAAGAUUGAUGAAAUAUCAGAGGAGGUGCGCCUGCGCACUGCUGACAUCCUGGACCUGAACAAGGCGCUCCGGGAGGAGAGCAUCAAGGUCCGUAAGCUGUCAGUGGCUCUGGACGCCACCAGAGCUGAGAGGAACAUGCUGCACAAGAAUUAUACGGAGGCCUUGGAUGAGAUACAAGACCUGAAACAGAAACUAAAGAUGCUAGCAUACCAAAUCGAGCAGCUCAAAGAGGACAUCAGCGGAAAGGAGUCAGGGUUGAAGACCUGCGAAGGCGUCCUGGCCAAAUGCAACAAGAAGGUGGAAAUGCUGCGCAGUGAAGUGCAAGCUGGGCUCGUCAAACUAUCAGACGCCAGGGCUGAUAUAGCAGCGUUGAGGCAAGAGGAAGCUAGGCUGAAUAGGAUUGUGCAGGAAGGUGACACAGCUCGAGCGAAACUGAUGAAAGAGUUGGAAGGUCUUAUGAACGAGCGCGACGUGGUGGGCGCGCAGCUGGUGAGGAGGAACGAUGAGAUUUCACUGCUGUAUGAGAAGAUCAGGAUCUUGGAGAUCACACUGCAUAGAGGAGAACGUCAAUACGAGCAGCGUGUUGAGGAUAUUCGUCUGUUGCGACUAGAGAUCAUCAGGUUGCGGAAAGAGAAGAAUUUGCUCUCGAAAGGGAUAGAGAACAUGACGGAUUUGAGGCUUGAGGUAUUCAACCUAGAACGCGAGUUGGGCCGUGAGAGACUUCGCGUGCGAGCACUAGAGGAAUCUCUGGAGACUCCUCUCAACGUGCACCGCUGGCGGAAGCUGCAGGGCACCGACCCCGAGAGCGUACAGCUCACGCAGAAGCUGCGUGUCACGCAAAAGAAGGUGCUAGCUCAAAGCGAGAUGCUGGUACUGAAAGAUCGUGAGCUGAAGGAGACCAGGAACCUAUACAGCGCUGUGAAAGACAUGCUGGCCUUGCAGCCCAGUCCCGAGAUACAACAAACAUUGACGAGAACGCAGCGGGCUUUGGCGCAGAGAACUGCAAAAAUGAAGUGCCUUAUUGCUGAACUAAGCAUGCGGGAGAAACAAGUGGCAGAUCUCCGUCUAGAGCUGGACAGGGCAAACUCCGACCUUCAUUCGUUCAAACAACGCUACUACGAGAUGAAGCGGGCGCUUGAUGCGGACGAAGCCAGAAGACUGCGGGUACCUUCACCGCAGUCGCAGACUGAAGCUAUUUAAAUGAUGUGGAUUAUAAUCUUUUUUGCACGGCAGUGGUGUAUUUACCUUUGAUGAAAAGGUUUGGUUUCAAAUAUAGUACCCACUGCUUUAAGUGUUGGACAUUGCUGCAGGGCACGUAGAAGCUAUAUUCUCUCUAAAAAUUAAAUAACGAUUCAUACCUACUGCCUCAAACUUUAAGACUGACGGAGAAAAGAACGCGUAUUUUUUAUAUUUGUAGUACAGUCAGCGGUAGAUAAAUCUGACCAAGAACCCUUUCAAAUCUGCUGUAUAAAAAAGUUCUCCUCGUGGUCCCAUCAAUGGGACAACCUUCUAGAACCAAGAGAAAACAGCAGCGCUCGAGACCAAAUGAAAGUUUGUUCGCAAGGUCAACGAAAACUAUGAAAUUAAAAAGAAAAUCACACGAUUUUAGUUCUUCCAUUUUCUAAGUUGAUCAUAAUGUAUUACCAUUUUUGUUACUUAUAUUUAACAUUUUAUUAUUAUUAUCAACUGUUACAAAAUUAUUACAAAAUGCCCCAUCCAUUUUGUCAGUAGAAUGGUGAUCGUUUUACUGUUUACAAGCGAGUUAUUUAGAAUAUAAAAACUAUGUAUUUUAUAAAUCUUUAUAAUAGUUUAAGUAGUAUGUUACUGAGAACUGCCCCAAAUGUUUUUUUUUUUUUUGAUAAGUUGUUUUAUAAGAUUCCAAUUUUUUGUAGUUUUAACGAGAAUACUUGAAACAUUGUCGAUAGAAAACAACAUUUUUCGACACAAAGUUAUU